AUGGCAAAGGAAGACGUUCUUCUUCUUGAUUUCUGGGUGAGUCCCUUUUGCAGUAGGGUGAAGAUUGCAUUGGCUGAGAAAGGUGUUGCUUAUCAACAGAGAGGAGAAGACAUAUUUGGAGGCAAAAGCGAAUUGCUCCUAAAAUCAAACCCAAUUUAUCAGAAAGUUCCUGUGCUAUUGCACGAUGGGAAACCAAUGUGUGAGUCCACCAAUAUUGUGCAGUACAUUGACGAGACUUGGCCUUCCCCUCCACUGUUGCCUUCUUCUGCUUAUGACCGAGCCAGGGCUCGAUUCUGGGCUGACUUUAUUGACAAGAAGCUCUUUGAUGCUGGUGGCAACAUUUGGAAGACAAAAGGUGAAGAUCAGGCGGCUGCAAAGAAAGAACUCAUUCAAAUUCUGAAGUACUUGGAGGGAGGUUUAGGGGACAAAGACUAUUUCGGUGGUGAUAGCUUUGGAUUUGUUGACAUUAUAGCGAUCCCCCUGACCAAUUGGUUCUUUGCUUAUGAGAAAUUUGGGAAUUUUAAGGUCGAAGAAGAAUGUCCCAAAUUUGCAGCAUGGACGAAGAGGUGUUUGGGAAGAGAAAGCGUUGCCAAAACCCUUCCUGAUCCUCAACAGGUUGUUGAAUUCGUCAGUAUGAUGAGGAAGAUGCAUGGCAUUGAAUAG